GUUUAUAAAGUUGUGGUCAAUUACGGCGGUAGAACAUACUUCAUAUUUAGGCGUUAUAAUGAAUUUCACCAUUUAUACGAAAAGUUGAAGAAAAAAUAUACAGAUAUCCAACUGAAAUUGCCUAAGAAAAGAUUAUUGGGAAACAACUUUGAUCCAGAAUUUAUCAAAGCAAGAAGAGAAGGUUUACACGAAUUUGUGCAAAAAAUUUUAAAUAAUGAUAAUGUCUGCAAAGAACCUCGUGUUCGAGAGUUUUUCUUAUUGGAUGAUCCUCGCAACCUCAAUGAUGAGGAUUUGCAAAUUGACGGAGAUGAAAGCUCUGAAAGCUCAGAUGUAAUUACUUGUAAUUCUGAAAUGAUUAAUCUGGGUCCCUCCCAUAAUCGACAGGCCAAGCCUACCGAUUUCUAUUUCUUGAAGAUUAUUGGAAAAGGCAGCUUUGGGAAGGUUCUAUUAGCUAGACAUAAAAAGGAGAACAAAUAUUAUGCUGUAAAAGUAUUGCAGAAAAAGCUGAUCGUCAAAAGAAAUGAGGCAAAGCAUAUUAUGGCGGAACGCAACGUUUUACUGAAAAACAUCAAGCAUCCUUUCCUUGUUGGUCUUCAUUAUUCAUUUCAAACAAGAGACAAGCUCUACUUUGUCUUGGAUUAUGUUAAUGGUGGAGAGUUGUUUUUCCAUCUUCAAAAAGAAAGGCACUUCACUGAAACUAGAUCUCGAUUUUACUCUGCUGAAAUUGCAUCAGCAAUUGGAUAUCUUCACUCUAUGAAAAUUGUAUAUCGUGAUCUGAAACCAGAAAAUAUUCUACUGGAUGCCGAGGGUCACAUUAUCUUAACUGAUUUUGGCUUAUGUAAAGAAGGUAUCGAGGCUAGCGAUACUACAAAUACGUUUUGUGGUACUCCGGAGUAUCUUGCUCCAGAAGUUUUACGUAAGGAGCCUUAUGACCGUAGUGUUGAUUGGUGGUGCCUCGGAUGUGUCUUAUAUGAAAUGCUUUAUGGACUGCCGCCAUUCUAUAGUCGCGAUACAGCGGAAAUGUACGAUAAUAUUCUCCACAAACCUCUUAAACUGAGAACUAAUAUCACGUCCAGCGCUCGAGAUAUUUUAGAAGGAUUACUGCAGAAGAAGAGAGAACUGAGACUCGGUGCAGGAGAAGGAGACUUUAAAGAUAUCAAAAAUCAUGCCUUUUUCCGUAGUAUAAACUGGACUGAUCUUGAGAGGAAAAAGAUUAAACCUCCCUAUAACCCAAAUGUGAGUGGGCAACUUGACUUGAAGCAUAUUGAUCCCGAAUUCGUUCAAGAACCGGUUCCAGGUAAAACUAUGAUAUCAACUUUUAGAUACAGACAUACUUCCGUUAGUGCUAGCGUACAAGAUCCCGACAACGCAUUUACUGGAUUCUCAUAUGCACCUCCUCAAGACGAUGCUCUAAAUUGA